AGCGAGAAGGAUGCGGUGGCCAUUUUGGAUUAUCGGCGUUAGCAUCGCGAGUUUUCGUGCAUGUAUGCGUGUGUGUGUAUAGUGUGACUAGGAAGUUCCUCGCGUACACCUUGAGCGCGUCACGUCGUCGAGUCGAAGGAUUGAUUGUUGGUGAUAAGUCGCAUCGUGUGAUAACCCCGACGACGACGGUAAAAUGGGCCGUAAGAAGAAGAAGCAGUCAAGACCUUGGUGCUGGUACUGCAAUCGAGAAUUUGAAGAUGAAAAAAUUCUCAUUCAACAUCAGAAGGCAAAACAUUUUAAGUGUCACAUCUGUCACAAAAAAUUGUACACGGGACCAGGACUUAGCAUACACUGCAUGCAGGUGCACAAGGAGACGAUAGACAAGGUUCCAAAUUCUUUACCGAAUCGUAGCGACAUCGAGAUAGAAAUAUAUGGAAUGGAAGGUAUACCUCCAAACGAUGCAAAGGAACACGAGAGACAGAGGAACGGUGGUAGACCAGGUUCGCCCAGUUCUGGCGAGGAUGAGCCGGUGACGAAGAAAGCAAAACCGGAGGGUUUGCUGGGCUCCGCGCCAGCGAUGCCGGGGAUGGCUGGGAUACCUGGGAUGACACCACAGCCUGCUUUGCCACCGAUGCCGCCUGGUAUGGCGCAUCCCGGUAUGGCACCACAUCCUGGUCUACCGCCGCAUCCUGGAAUGCCGCCUAUGCAUCCCAUGAUGCCGAUGGGCCACGUGGGCCCACCGUUCAUGAGCUCAAGUAUGAUGUCCGGCAUGGCUGGUAUGCCAUCCGGCAUGCAGCCGCCAGUGUCGGGCGCGUCGAUUCCGCCGACGCGUCCGCUCUUCCCGAGCGCCGCGGCCGUCUCGACGGCGGCGUCGACGGCGGUCACGUCCGCGCCUCUUGGAACAGAUUUCAAACCGAUCACGUCGGUGGCGGGCGGCUCGAUAGGGCCGGUGAAGCCGACAUUCCCCGCUUACAGCACAGCCGAGACCACUGGUAACACAUCCAACAACCUCGGUGGCGAUCAAAAGGUGAAUUUAAUUGCGACCACCGGGGCUGCCAGUAAAAUCAUUCAUCCUCCGGAAGAUCUCAGUUUGGAAGAAAUCAGAGCGAAGCUGCCGAAAUACCAACGUCGUGCCGAUGAGCCGCGAUCGGUGCCGUCAGAAGCAAGCCAACAGCAACAGCAGCAGGUUGCCGCGCUGCAGCAAGCACAGCAACAGCAGCAGCAACAGCAAGCGCAGCAGCAACAGCAGCAACAGCAAGCGGCUGCUGCGAACGCGGCCGCCGCGUUUCAGGAUCAGCAGCAGCGGCAGCAGGCGGUUGCGCUGAGCGCGUUGCAACAGCAACAGCAACAGAGGUUUCCGAGGCCGCCGCAGGUGAUGGUGCCGGCCUCGGCGGCCGCGAUGCCUGUGAACUCAGUCGCCUUAAUGGCACCACUUAUGCGACACACGAUGACAUUAGCCGCGCCUGCUCUCAUUCAUGGAGGUAACAUGAUGCGACCGCCCCCCAUGGGCAUGCCACCAGGUAUGAUAGGAGCCAUACCACCGGGUGCGAUGCAUCCGGCCUUCCCCAUGGGAUUUCCGGCGCCGAUGCUAGCACCGAUGAUGCAUCCACGCUUCAGAUGAUCGCCCCCCAUGGACGGGCCCAAUCCCCCGCCGUUGCACUUCGUGCUGUGGGCCCGCCCCUAAGUCUCGCUGGGGUUCGGACCUGACCGAGGAAGAGACACGGACACACAUAGUUGACACGACGAGAAAAACAGGGGAGAGAUAUGAGAUACGGAAAGAGAAGGAAAGAGAGGGAGAGAGAGAAAGAGAGAGAAAGAGAGAGAGAGAAAGAAAGGGGAAAAGAUAGUGGGAGUCGAUUCGCGCGGUGAAGCUUUCGCACCUACUUUGAUUCACACCGCGCAAUCCGACCGCAUCCUCUCCCAUUGCAACGUUUGGAUGAUUCAAGAUCCUUGUUCUUUUUUUUCUAAUCAUAUCGUUGAAAGACAAAGAGGAAACUACACAGACAGACAGAGACAGAAAGAGAGAGAGAGAGAGAGAGAGAGAGUGAGUGAGAGAAAGGGAGAGAGAGAGAGUGGGAGGGAGAGAAAGAGAAAGAAAGGUUGACACACACCGCACGCCCACGUCAGUGCCUGAGAGGAUUUUUUCGAAAAGCCAAUGCGCGCUGGAAACGGUCGGUUUCUUCGUCCUCUUCUUCUUUUUCUUCUGCCUCCUUUAUCACUGUCUUUACCUACCGCAAAAAUUUCAAGAAAACAAAUGUUGUUCAUUCGACGCGAGAGCGUCAUCUCCAAUUUGUGAGAUCUACUUUAAAUAUGAAUUAGUAUCUAAAAUGGAUCUCACAAAUUGUGAAUUGUUUCGCUUUCGCGACAAACUCUUCGAUUACGGCAGUGGAGCAAUCACGACAUAAAAAAAUGAAUUAAUUGUAUUUUCGAGAACAACGAAAUGCCAUGUGCCAUUCCUCAUAUUUCCUUUCAAAGAGAGAGAGAGAGAGAGAGAGAGAGAGAGAGAGAGAGGGAGAGAACGAGAGUUUGAGAAUGAAAGAGAUCCUGCUCCUUUCGCAUCAGUAGACCGUUUCCACGCGCUGUCCCUCAGCCUCUGUAUCAGUCCUUUUGGAGGAGACGCGAUCGCGGACAAGGUGGCGCUUCACGCUGCAGCUGGACUUGAUUCGCGAUCCUCUCAACUAAAGUAGAGUUCUCGAGCAAGUUCUCUGAGGACGGUAUUUAUACUUCAGUCUCUUACAAAAUUGCCUCGAGUAUAUAUAUGAUUUCUCAAGUUGCUACACGGCUGUUUAGUCGGCCGAGCAGCAUCUUAAGGUCACCCAAGGCCGUACUUGAGACGAUUUAAAUACACACAAGGUCGGAUUAUAAAUAUCAUUCUAAGAGAGCGGGCGGUCCCUCUCGGGGCUGCACCGUUUCUGUAAUGCUCGAAGCUUCUUAAUUUUCUUCUCGCGAUAACCAAGCUGACUCUCGAGGUAAGAGGGCUCGCGGUGUCCGGAGUGAUCGAAUACGCAUCUUAAAAGCGCGCAGUUUUAGAAAUCUGAUUCUUGAUUCGCUUUUCUCCGAAUCCAGAAUGUUCUAUGUACGCUCUGACUUUCCUCGUUUCAGGAAAAGUCAACUUGUGUAUCUCACGUCGUGGCUUAAGCGCGAUCAAGUUCAAAAACUUGAUCUUCCUUCAGGAUCUCUUUCUGACGAAGGUACUCAGCGAUCUCAUGAUUUAGCUGUGAGAUUUUUUGCGAUUGAUUUUUUGCAAAAAGAGUUACGAAUAACAGAUUUAAUUUUUAACGCGUUAAAAAAGAAGAGUAUGAAUUAUAUUGGGUAUCGAGUAGAGCUCGAGUUUAUUAGGGUAUGAUUACAAGGUGUAUAAUCUUUUUUUAUUUUAAAAAUUUUCUUUAUUAUUUUUAUUUUGUGGUGUUCAGGUCGAUUAUAUAUGAUGCGUCCUCGAUCGCUCCGUAUAAGAUAAAAUCCAGCGUAAUUCUUUUGUCCCCGGGGCGGUAAGUUAAAUCCCUGUGGUUCGUUCAGGGUGUUAUUGACGGCGGAGAAUAGUCUCGGUACGAUACACGUUUUGUCGAAGCAGAAUCAAGAGAGCCGGAAUCAAGAGAGCAUAGAUUGAUUCAAAAAAUUUGGCCACUCUCACGACACACACGUUUACAGUUUAGAACAUUUGCUAGCCGCAGUGUGAAGAUUCGCUCGCCUCAGGUUAGUCUGUCGCAAAUUUUAUUUUGUUAACACUACGGUCAAGUCGAUGUACUCCAGCGACACGGCGAGAAACGGAGGAAAUUGAUAACUCAAAAAGUAACCAUUUGACAGAAACUGAAUUGGGAUUCUGAUUUUUCCCGGAGGAAGAUGUGUUUUCGAGUAUUGCUCUACUCAGUUUAAUAUCUUGUCUAAUCGGUGAUAGAUUUGCAAAAUUCAAAAUCGACAAAUUUUUAUUUUUGCUAAUUAGUCGACUGUCCAAACGUUCAUGCGACAUUUGUAGAGGUUACUGGCGAAAUCGCAGUUUGGAAAUUGCGGAAGAAUAUUCGAAAAUUUAGAGAGACGUCAUCCGGUUCAUAAAUUCGCGAAUACAUGGAACAAAUAUGUUCAUCGAUUAUUCGAAAGAUUCGGACGAAUUUCAUUUGCGCUGUGCUGAAACGCACGAUCCACUCGAAAACGCCGGGUCGACGAUGAGAGUAUAAUCGGCUUGGCUGCUGAAAAAAAGAAAAAAAAGCCCCCUUUUCCUUUGCAAGGAACAUGUCGGCGACGCAUGAGUGAGUGGUAAGUACGGAGGGUGCUCACGGAAUCGAACACCAGCUCUCUACACUCGACUCACGCCGUUUUCUUCACUUUUCCUUUACCACGUCACCAGUUUGCCGCCGAUCGUAGAGCGCAUUCUCUUGAUCCUUGUGCAUUGAAUCCGUGCUGACACUUUACACACUUUACGUCCGUUCACUACGAUCACGCUGUAUCGGUGUUCUGACGAUUUUAGCGACAGCAAAAGCCUCGAUAUAGCGUGCGCUAUACACCCUCCAGUCUGCUCUACGAUCGGAAAUGCUCGAUUUCUUCGUCCUACUCCACAGCAAAGACGCGGACUCUCUUACCCCAUUCCCAUUUCUGUCUUCUAACUGGCAUUCUUCCCCAUUCUAUUCUAUCUAUCUUUCGUCUACUUAACAUUUUACCUUCUACGCUGUUAUAAAUCUCCUCAGGGUGUCUAUUGACCACGGUGAUUACGGGUUGUUCUUUUUACGUGUUUCUCAUCGCGAUCCUCGAGCUCGCCUAUUAGGGAUUCUUCGUAGAGAAACUCUGCUUCUAGAGGAAGAGAGCCGAUCCCGAUAAUGAAGUCAAACUUGACUUCACUAGAGGGGCUGUAAAAGAUCGGUCAGGGCGUCUGUUUCGACUUAAAUGGAUAUUAACGAGAUCCAUGGCUGCAAAAUCGCCACUCGUUACGAUCAGUUCAAAAUGAGCUGAGCGUGGUGUCGUUUUCUGUCGUAUUCGCGCGCCUCAGUAGGCACCCUGCUAGUUUUCUAUACUUUCGACAUGAUUCUCUGAACCAUCUCGCUCUGUCAUCAUCGUCAUCAUCAUUAUCACCAUUAUUCACCACCAUCACAGUCACCACCGUCACCACCCGGUACCAACACCUCCUCGACAAAUAAAAGAAAUACGAAACAGCAUUGAAAGCGCGCCGUACAACACGUGUACGUACCUAAUCUACGCAUCGUUAUUAUAAUCCUUUAUUUUUCAGGGGUUGUCUUUUCGAAUCCGCUCACCGCGGGAGCACCGCCUUCUCUCUUGCACAGUGUACAACGAGCUCUUCAUGUGUUUUGCGUGUCCCUCCGCGAGUCGUCAAGAUGGAUCGUCGAUGACCACUUAAGAGCCUAAGAAAAAAACGAGAAACGUUUUCUUUCUUUCGUAAGUGCCUGAAUAGAUACGCGUGUUCGACAACGACGAAAAGGAAACCUUUGAGAGAAAAAUAUGUCUAGAGGUAUCGAGUUAUGUGCUUUCUAAGUUUCUUGGAGUGGAAUUUUACUCGAGAAGUAGUGUGACCAUCGAGUCACACGAAUUCGAAUGAUUUUGAGUUCUCGUGCUCAAUUUAUCACUCUGAACGGUCGAGUGAAUAUCUUCACGCUCAAAAUGGAAGAGUGAAUCUGAUGUCGCGAUGAUAUAUCCACUCUGAUCAAUUGAAACGUUCGCAUUUCGGAGCCAAAAUCCACUCUAAGUUUGAGUGAAAGCAAUCACUCUUGCGACUUGGUGUAUUUUCGCUAUCACUUGAAAUGAGAAUAUCAGCACUUUCCACUCGUCUCGAAUAAGAUUCCACUUUCUAAGAAAUUUAAACAGUUAACAUCGCAAUCAUGGUAUUAAGUGGUUAUUCUCGAUCUGUCGUGUUAUAAAAUUAAAAAAAAAACCCGAGGAAAAAGAUCACGAGAAGUGAAAAUUUCCAAGUCGAGUCGCGCGUUUUGUAGUUGAAAAUGAAUCUUCUCCGCGAAUGUUCGUGUUAUUCGUACGAGAUUGACAAAAUUGCGAGGAACACGAGACUAGAGAAUUUCGCGGUCGAAGCACCCAGGAGUUUUCCCUCGGUCCUUCAAGGGAGGCAAAAGAAAGGCGUGCGUUCUCGCUCCCAGCGAUUCGGCGGGACAAUCUGACGGCAGAAUUGGACAUGUAGAAGUUCUGUUAUUUAUUGAGUGUCAUAUUAUCGACUGUUCCGAAUAAAGACGUUCUGUGGAAAGCUUCGAAA